UACUGGCAUUUUGUGGUUGAACCGCUGGUACGGUACGGUUUCAUGGACUCGGCUGCAAUUACUGGAAGCAAAGAUGCACCCUAUUUUGGGCCGGUUGGGACAGAAAGAAAUCUGAUCAGACGAGGCCCACUGUCGAUUGGAAGGGCCCAAGAAUCUCUUCUCACAACUUGCAUUAUGGAUUAGCAUUAGAUCACUAAUUAAAGAAGCAAAAUAAUUAUCUUGCUUAAAUCCAAUUCAAAACAUGCAUCCUUUCAUAAAAUCAUAAUCAGUUUUUUUCCCAAUUUGAAACUGCCGUAUUCCUCCACUAUCCCGUCCAUGUACAUUCUACGAUAAUGAAUAUAUAAACACGAAACAAACGGCCAAAUUGAGAGCGUAUCCAGUCGCAAAUCCGUCUUCUGGGUCUUCACUCUUCAGUUCAGUCCAGCUCCAGUACUAUCUCAUUUCAGUGGGGGGGAGCUACAGCGAUGGCGGCAGCUGGUUCAGUCCAGAAAACAGACGAAGAAUGGCGGGCGAUUCUCUCUCCCGAGCAGUUCCGAAUCCUCCGCGAGAAGGGAACCGAGUUGAAAUUCACCGGGGAAUAUGACAAGUUCUUCGAGGAAGGCGUUUACAAAUGCGCUGGCUGCGGCACUCCCCUUUACAAGUCAGCCACCAAGUUCAAUUCCGGCUGUGGUUGGCCGGCUUUCUUUGAAGGACUCCCUGGAGCCAUCAAUCGCACUCCGGACCCAGAUGGGAGGAGAACUGAGAUCACGUGUGCAGCUUGCGGCGGGCACUUUGGCCAUGUUUUCAAGGGUGAAGGGUUCAAGACCCCAACAGAUGAACGCCACUGUGUCAACAGCGUCUCCAUCAAGUUUGUUUCUGGGAAUUGAUGAGAGAUUUGGUCUUUGCUUGUGGUAUGGGAAAUGUAUGUGUGAUGAAUCAAUAGAUCAGAAAGCCGUCGAUCAUGUUGUUGAAACAGAAAUCAUGUGAAAGCAAUAAAAAUUUGUGCUGGAUGAUUUAACUGAGUCAAUCACCAGCCAGCUAUAGCUAGCUUGUUGUUACAUUUCAGAAUCUGUUGUUUGUUGCCAUGCUCACCUUGCUUUUUUCACUGGGAAGAGGAGAAGCCAUUGUUGCUAGCAAAUUUUGGUUUCAUGCUUCCUUUGUAUUGCGGAGUAUAGAUGGAUACUUACGUUCGUUUCCUUCAUUGAUUUGAAAAAUGAGGGGUUUGAUAAAACCAGGGGUUUGGGAAACCAUGGAUAUAUGAUGGAUUUGAACAAGUCUAUUAUUUGCUUGUUGGAUUUGAUUAUGGAUUUUGUUUGAAUAGAUUUGUGAAUAUGAA